AUAAUUUGUAUGGAAUAAUUUUGAUAUAAAUACCGAUAUAGAUGGGGGUGGUGAGUGUAUAGUAUAUACCGAUUGGUCUGAGAAGGACCAUCAAAAUGCUGCCCCUCAUAUUGGUAUUAUUUCUUGCACAGAACGCGUUAUCUCUGCCUUACACGAAUGUCAACUUCUACAACAUCGAGAACGCUCCAUCGAUACCUGACAAUGGUCAACUAAUCAACAGCAACGUCACCACUGGUGCCCUGGAGUGGAUAGACGGUGGCGACGUGCCCCUCUACCUGCAGAUCCUAAUGACCUCCGUCAACGACAUCGCAGCAGUCAACCAGGCUGCCGCCGCCAUCCAGACCAUCGUCAUCCUGGGAGAGACAGCUCCUGGUAUCCCUGGUCCGGUUCUCGUGGCAACUGUCUCGGUGGUGGCAGAAGCUGCCAAUUCGAAGCAGCCUGGGACAGGAUCCUGAGAGAAAGCAGCCCUUAUGACUUUGGCCUCCUCAACGAGGAGUACUGCGCCGCCAAGCGCCUGUCCACUGCCUGGAACCUGAGGAGCAACAACGUCGCCACCGCCAUCACCGCCGCCACCAUCCCGGAGGUCAGGGAGGUCGUGCGGCUGGGACUGCCUGAAGUUGGAGAGUUUUUGAGAGUCCUAUCUUAUGGUGGAAACCCAGGUCCAGCGGGUCAAGCAGCUAAGGCAGCUUUACUUCAACGCGUUUCCCAAGUCAAAUGCUAAAGCAGCAUCAAAUAGGGACCAGCAUAUGUAUAGUAUAAUAUGUAUUGACCAAUAAAAACUCUUGCAAUAUUUAAUAAGGGAUAUUUACAUAGAUGGAAGGUGAUUGAUAGGAAUUGCAAUAUUUCAAUUUAAGGCUUUUAGAAAG